UCACUUCGCUCCCGCCUCACAUAGAGAAGAGCGAGGAGGGGGCGUGGCCUACAGCGCUGCCGCCGUGCCGUCACUUCCGUCUUGCGUGGAGAAGAUUUCCCGGCGUGCCUUGCGGUGGCCCUUUUCGCCUCACGCGGCCCAAGAUGGCGGACACGCAGACAGAGAGGGCUUACCAGAAGCAGCCCACCAUCUUCCAGAACAAGAAGCGGGUGCUUCUGGGAGACACUGGCAAAGAGAAGCUCCCUCGCUAUUACAAGAACAUCGGCCUGGGCUUCAAGACCCCCAAGGAGGCCAUCGAAGGCACCUACAUUGAUAAGAAAUGCCCUUUCACGGGUAACGUCUCGAUCCGAGGCCGUAUCCUCUCAGGAGUGGUCACCAAGAUGAAGAUGCAGCGCACCAUCGUCAUCCGCAGGGACUACUUGCACUACAUCCGCAAGUACAACCGCUUUGAGAAGCGCCACAAGAAUAUGUCGGUGCACCUGUCCCCUUGUUUCAGGGAUGUCCAGAUCGGGGACAUUGUGACGGUGGGCGAGUGUCGCCCACUCAGCAAGACGGUCCGCUUCAACGUGCUGAAGGUGACCAAAGCCGCCGGCACCAAGAAGCAGUUCCAGAAGUUCUGAAGAAGGAAGGAAGGCAGGCAGGCAGGCAGGCAGCAGCUUCCCUCCAGACUCCCAAAUAAAGCUUUUAUAAAGA